AGUGUUGUGCUAAUUUGAAAGUCAACGUUGUCAAUUUUAACAGUUUAUUGCGAAUUUGUAAUUGUAUAGAGUUUGGCAAGAACACAAAAAUAUUAGAAGCCAUUGACUGAAUUCCCUACGAAUGACAGGAUAUGGGAUAAAAUAAUAAGGUUUUCUAUAAACUUCACUUCGCUGACUUAACAGCGCUGUGGUUGAGUGGAGAUGCAGUGAAUAGCAAUGCGUGUUAAUACUUGAGUUCGUGACCUGGCCAGAGCAGCAUCUAAUAACUUAUAAAAGGCUGCGAGUAUGGAAACGAAUGGACAGAAGAAUACUGCGUUUGAGGUUGAUGAUGCAGUUGAAAAUUAUACGGCCGUUGAUACCGAGGUGCAAGAAAUCGACGCAAUGGAAUCUAAAGCAGAACACAACAGGAGUAAUACAAAAAGAAGAAUAAAAAAAGUGGCCCGCAAUACCUUAAAAGUGGGCGUACAUUUCGUUGUCGGCGGGUACUUCGCCUAUGCUACAUAUCACUACAUCGAUAUCGAGAAUAACUACUGUGAAUCGCUAAAUCCGAGUAAAUUGUGCGGCAUUCAGUUCUGCAAUGGUUAUGGAUUGUUGGUGCUAUUGUUGGGAUUUGUUUACUUAGGAAUUUUAUAUUUCCAAGUCAUAAAGCCUACAGUAGGCAAAAGCAUACAAAGAAAAUACAUUUCCCCAUUUGCCAAAUGGUGGAAGCAAUUUAGUCGCACAAGAAUUGUAUCCAGUAUAAUGCUUUUAGUUCUACUUAUUCUGCUAGCUGUGUUUUUGUACUUUCAAACCAAGGAGGAUAGAAACAAGUUAAGAUCGCUAUUGGCGCCAUGUGUACUCAUCUUAGCCGGAUACGCGUUUUCUUAUGACCGUAAAGCAAUUAAAUGGAGAACUGUAAUAUCUGGUAUAGCAUGCCAGUUCAUCUUGGGCAUUAUGUGUCUUAGAUGGGAUGUUGGGCGGAAAAUUUUCGAAUGCAUCGGCAAUAAAGUUGCUACGUUUCUAUCAUUUAGUGAUGAAGGAAGUCGUUUCGUUUUUGGAAAUGCCGUUAUCGACGAUGGCAUAUUUGCUUUUGCCAUUUUGCCAGUGAUAUUUUUUUUCAGUUUCUUUAUUUCUAUUUUACAUUAUUGGGGUGUAAUGCAACGGAUCGUUAUGAAACUCGGUUGGCUUAUACAGCAAAUGUUGGGCACGACCGUUUGUGAAAGUGUUAUUUCAGCUGCAAAUAUAUUUCUUGGCAUGUCAGAGAGUCCUAUGCUAAUCAGGCCAUAUAUCAAGAAGCUCACCUCCAGUGAAUUACAUUCCAUUAUGGCUUCUGGAUUCGCUACAGUUUCUGGAUCGGUUUUGGCGGGAUAUUUAAGCUUUGGCGCUUCGGCAGCACAUUUAAUUACUUCCAGUGUUAUGGCAGCGCCUGCGGCAUUGGCGUUUUCAAAACUUUACAUGCCAGAAACGGAGGAAAGUCAAACAACAUCAAAAAAUAUUGAAUUAGAGAAAUCAGAAGACUCUUCAAUACUGGAUGCGGCCUCUAAUGGCGCCAAUAAUGCCAUUCCUAUUGUAGCGGGCAUUGUCGCUAAUAUCGUCGCUUUCGUUGCAUUUAUGGCAUUCCUGAAUGCUGUUGUUAAUUGGUUAUGUUUUCUGGUUGGAUUGGAUGACAUCGAUUUCGAAUGGAUAUUUUCAAAACUAUUCUUCCCACUGGUAUGGGCAAUGGGUGUGCCCUACAAAGACUGCAAUAUUGUGGCGAAAAUUGUUGCAACUAAAUCCAUCAUUAAUGAAUUUGUCGCAUAUGAACGUUUGGGAGAAUACAUCAAAAGCGGAGAUCUUGAUGCCCGAAGCAUAACCAUAACAACGUUUGCCAUUUGUGGUUUUGCAAACCCCAGUUCUCUAGGCAUACUUAUUGGUACACUUAGUGCCAUGGCGCCCAAUAGAAGAUAUGUUAUUACAUCAGUAGCAAUGCGCGCUUUUGUUGUAGGAAGCAUAGUAUGUUUCGUGUCAGCCAGUUUUGCCGGUCUUUUACUAGAGGAGGAAGAGGAAAAUCGCUUAUAUGCCAAAUACCUUAAUGCCCCACAGCGCAAGAACAUAACCAUCGCCUUUUUGGAGAGAUAAUGAAGUUUUAAAAAAUAACUUCUGAAUAAUGUACACAAUAGUUUACAAAUAUACUUACAUAUACGUUAGUUAUUUAAA